AUGGAUUAUCCACGGUUAGCUUCUUCUACAAAACAGCACGUGAAACAGGAAGUGAAGCCAAUUGGAGCAGCAGCAACAACCUCUCUCGGUCAGAAUGAGGACAGAUGUGGUGUACAGUUGGAAGCACCAGCAGCUACCUCAACAGACUUGCAGCGCAAUUUUAUUUAUCCAGGAAGUGGUCAAAUACAAUUAUGGCAAUUCCUCCUUGAAUUACUUUCUGAUACACAUAGUAAUGCGCACUGUAUCACUUGGGAAGGACAGAAUGGUGAAUUCAAAUUGUUAGAUCCAGAUGAAGUUGCUCGAAAAUGGGGCGAAAGGAAAAGUAAGCCAAAUAUGAAUUAUGAUAAGCUUAGCCGUGCUCUGCGAUACUACUACGAUAAAAAUAUCAUGACAAAGGUUCACGGAAAACGUUAUGCUUACCGAUUUGAUUUCAGUCAUCUGGCACAGACUUGUCAAAGUAACUACGGUGGUGAAUUGGUGUCAGCAGUUGCAACAUCGGCACGGCAAUAUCGACCUUCACUAAAAAGCUGUCAUCCCCCUCAAUUCUUGUUCCAACAUGAUUACGCAGUGCCGAAAAUGCGUUCGGCUGGUGUAUCGUAUACGCCUUUUUUCCAACCGAUAACUUCAGAUAAGCGUCCUUUUGUGAGACCAUAUUGGCCUGGAACGAUUUCAACCGGCAGCUAUGGGUAUGCAUCAACCGGAGCCUAUUGUGGAACACAACCAAAGUCUUUUAAUCAUUUCCUGUCGUGA